AUGGCAGCCGAAGAAGUCGUGUCUACCGCGAAAAAGAUCAUGCAAGAAGAAGCCGAGGUCUACAACCGCGUGGGCACCGUGCGCCUCUGCGAUGCCUGUUUCGAGAAUGUGGUCCGUCCUCUCAUUCGCGUGGAAAAUGAAAUUCAGGGUCAGAUGGCGGUUCUCGCUAUGCUGCGCUGCGCUUCCCCGGACCAGGCAUCUCGCGAAGCAUCGGAUGAGGCUGUCGGCCUCAUGCGCGAGGCCGAGUCUGACAUGACGAAGAGAAGAGAUCUUUAUUUACUCAUUGAAGCGGUCAAAGAAAAGAACGAGACCCUCCAUUUUGAGGAAGCCAAGUACUUGGACAGUCUCGUAAAGUCAUUCACGAGAAGUGGGCAUGGUAGGCUGAACGAAGACGAGAUCCAGCUUUACCUGGAGAAGAGGAACCAAAUUGAUCAUUUACGUCGCCAGUACAACCAGAAUUUAAGAAAUGAUGAUGGAGGACUGUGGCUUUCGCUCGACGAGCUCGACGGCGUGCCUGCACAGGACCUUGCCCGUUUUGUACCCGCGACAGACGAAGGCGACAGGGGAGACAUGAGAUUUGUUCGCUUCACACGAGCAGAUGUCAAUGCUGUCAUGCAAUACGCAAAGAAUCCGGCCACGCGUAAGAAGAUGUACAUUAUUCUGCUUCGCGACGAGAACGCGCGACUACUCGGCUAUGCCAGUCACGCGGCCUUUCGCUUGGAGACCCGCGUGGCCAAGUCCACAGAGUGGGUGAACACGUUUGUUGAUGAACUGGAACAAGUCCUCAUUCCACAAGGGAAGAAAGAGAUGCAGGCACUGCUUGCCAAGAGAAACCUGGACCUCCCAGAAAGGAGUGACUCAAUGCCUCCCUGGGACUAUGGCUAUUAUCACCGCCUUGUCCUCGAAGACCUCAACGUUGACCAGAACCAGAUUGCGGAGUAUUUCCCGCUCCAGAAAACGGUAUCCGCCAUGCUCGACAUAUUUGCCUCUUGUCUCCAGCUUCGGUUCGACUUGCUCGAUCCUGAGCUUGUCGCUGACGCAAUUUGGCACGAAGAUGUUCAGGUUUGGGCUGUCUGGGACGCAAGAGAGGCCUUCCAUGGUGAAUUUGUUGGCUAUCUCUACACGGACUUGCUGUGGAGACCGAACAAGCACAAAGCUUCACAAAAUGUUAAUCUGCAAUGUGGCUAUGUCAAAGAGGACGGCAGCAGGGUAUAUCCUGCCACGCUUCUCAUGUGCCACUUUCCUCGUCCGACAGCCUCUGAUUGCGCUUUGCUCAAGCACAGUGAGAUGACGUCCCUCUUCCACGAACUGGGACACGGUAUGCACGACCUCGUAUCGAGAACGUUGACGGCACGUUUCCAUGGACAUAGGAUGCCUCCGGAUUUCUUCGAAGUGCCGAGCGUCAUGCUCGAGAAUUGGUGUUGGACGAAGAAUGAGCUAAGACAGAUGAGCUGUCACUAUUCCGCAGCAAGCCCGGCCUACCUGGCGGAGUGGCGUCGCAAGAACCCUGCACAAGAGGUUCCCCCUGAAACGUUGCCCGAUGAAUUGUUAGGUCCUCUCGUGCAAAAUCGGAGUAAAACGAGGGCUUUGUGGUUUCUGCGACAACUUGCGUUUGCUCGCUUCGAUAUGGCUGUCCACAAUGUCUCUUCCCACGAGGAGUGUUUGAAUCUGGACCCCGGUUCUAUCUUCAAUGACAUUAUGGAGAGGUUGCGAUUGUUACCCAAUCCCGACCAAGAAAAUCGAGGACAUCCCCAGGCCGCCUUCCACCAUCUGGUCUCCGGCAUGGAUGCUGGCUAUUAUUCAUAUCUCUGCGCUGCUGUGUUCGCUGCGGAUAUUUACCAAAAUACAUUUAUCCAGGAUCCGCGGAGCCAGACCUCAUGGGAAAGAUAUCGUCGCGGUAUACUAGAGUAUGGCGGUAGCAGAGAUGAGAUGGAGAUGUUGGAGGAAUUUCUCGGCCAUCAUCCUAGUUCUGACUACCUCCUUCGCAGCCUGUGA